AUGUCUGAAAAAAUUAAAAAGGUAAACAGCUGGCUGAGUGCAGUGUAUGGAGACCAGCCAGUGCCACAGUUUGAGGUGAAUACAAGGACAAUAGACAUACUGUAUCAGCUGGCACAGUCCAGUGAAGCCCGCUGCAGUGACACCGCUCACCUCAUUGAAGACUUGAAACAGAAAACAUCAGAGCAUCAGGCUGAUGCUGCUCAUCUUCAGGAGGUUCUUCUCCAAGGAGUCGGCCUGUCCUCAGCCAGUUUGUCCAAACUGGCUGCAGACUAUGUGUCUGCUUUGGUGGACAAUGCUAUGGUGCUUGGAGUGAGAGACACAUCACUGGGAAGUUUUAUGCCAGCAGUCAACAACCUCACCAGUGAACAUCUGGAAGCUGAAAAGUUACACAGACAACUUGAGAGAGAACUAAGGGCUCUUAGAAAGCAGCUUGGUGCAACUCUGGUGCUGCGGGGAACUAUACAAGAAGAUAUCGAGAAAAUAACCGAGUCUCAAGUGGUGGAGCGUGCCAAAGCAGAGGAGAGGAUGCUCAACAUAGAUUUUGUGACGACAAAAGCCAGAGAGCUCAGUAACAGUCGAGAGAGGUCAGAGGCUCAACUCUUAUCCAGGAAGAUGGACAAGUCUAUUACCCAUCAGGCUGUUGUGCAGCUCUCUCAGGAAGUCGAUGCUGUGAAAAACGAAUUAAUUCCCCUGAAAAAGAAGCUGGAGCCUUACAUGGAUCUAAGUCCUAGCCCGUCUCUAGCACAAGUGAAAAUAGAAGAAGCAAAAAGAGAACUUGCUGCGCUUGAAUCCAAACUUGAGAAAAACGUGGAUUUUAAAUGA